CUACUGUUCGUGAACAUCUGCAUAUGCCCUGUAUUCCGUCUUCAUACAUUCCACGAAUAUCGGGUCUAUGCAAGGGUGCGAAUAUUAUAAAAUAAAAAAAGAAAGAAAGAAAGAAUAUAACUCUGAGCGGCAGUCGAGUGAUCGAGUCAGUCUCUUUGGAGGGAAGAGAAAGGUAGAUAAUUGGCGAUGGCUGCACCAGCUUCGAUUCAAAAGACGGAGGAAGAGUGGCGGGCUAUUCUCUCUCCCGAGCAAUUUCAUAUUCUCCGGGAGAAAGGAACUGAGAUGAAAUUCACUGGAGAAUAUGAUAAGUGCUUUGGUGAAGGAGUUUACAAUUGUGCUGCUUGUGGGACGCCACUUUACAAAUCAGUUACCAAAUUUGACUCUGGUUGUGGUUGGCCUGCUUUCUAUGAAGGUCUUCCUGGAGCCAUAAAUUGCUCUCCAGACCCAGAUGGGAGGAGAACUGAGAUCACAUGUGCAGCUUGUGGGGGGCACUUGGGUCAUGUUUUCAAAGGUGAAGGGUUCAAGACUCCUACAGAUGAACGUCACUGUGUCAACAGCAUCUCAAUCAAGUUUGUUCCAGGAAAUUAAUUCUCUAUGUGAAGAUAAUAAGGUAGUCAUCAUGCAAGAAAAAAAAAAAAAAAAAAAAAACAUUGUUCCUACUAGUUAUUUAAGUAGCUACCACCUGCUAUGAGCAGUCGCUUGGCAAGUAAAGUGAUGAAUAAUAAUAUCCAAAAAUUCUGAUAAAAAUGUUAUAAAAGAUGUGUGGAUGUCUGUUUUUCUCUUC